CUAGGACACAUGUGGCCGUGCUGCUUAGAGGGCGAUUUUGUCAAGAUCAGACGAGAAGAAGAAGAAGAAGAAGAAGAAGAAGAAGAAGAAGAAGAAGAAGAAGAAGAAGAAGAAGAAGAAGAAGAAGAAGAAGAAGAAGAAGAAGAAGAAGAAGAAGAAGAAGAAGAAGAAGAAGAAGAAGAAGAAGAAGAAGAAGAAGAAGAAGAAGAAGAAGAAGAAGAAGAAGAAGAAGAAGAAGAAGAAGAAGAAGAAGAAGAAGAAGAAGAAGAAGAAGAAGAAGAAGAAAAGAUGAAUGCAUACAAGUAGUCUGAUGUUUCGGAAAAAUCCU